AUGGCGCCAAUUCGGAACGCCUGUGUACGCUAUGUUGGCCCCCCGGAAGGGUAUGUCGAGCCAGAUGUACAUGUCAAGUACGAUGGCACGCGUACUAUUGAACUCGACGACGCGGAACUAAAUGGCGGAUUCAUACUCAAGACCCUUUGCCUGAGUAUCGACCCCUACAUGCGCGGCAGGAUGUGUAAGCCCGAAACGGUCCUGUACUUUGGUGCUUUUGAACCCGGAAGACCACUCUCUGGCUAUGGUGUUGGUCAAGUCGUUCGUUCGGAGGAUCCGGCUUUCCGGCCUGGCGAGGUUGUACAUGGCUGGAUGUCUCACGAAGAGUACUCCGUGUACAGCUGUCGUUCAAUAACCAUCAUGCCCUUUCGUAAGAUCGCGGAUGUCGGCGUGCCGUGGUCAGUCUACACUGGUAUCCUUGGCGUUCCCGGGCAGACUGCGUUUUAUGCCUGGAAAGCAUAUAGCCAGAGUAGACCUGGAGAAUGCGCCUUCAUUUCUACAGCUGCUGGCGCCGUCGGAUCGCUGGUCGUGCAACUAGCAAAACGGGAUGGACUCCGAGUGAUUGCAUCUUCCGGAACCGAGGACAAGCGAGCAUUCGCUCUGCAAUGCGGUGCUGACGUUUCGUUCAACUACAAGAACGAGAAAGUUGCAGAUGUUCUCGCGCGCGAGGCGAAAGGUAUCGACAUCUACUUCGAUAAUGUCGGUGGCGAACAUCUCGAAACAGCACUGGCGUACUCGAAUCAUGCUGGGCGAUUCAUCGAGUGUGGUAUGGCAUCGUUAUACAAUGGCCAAAGACCGCAUCAUGUCGAGAAUCUCCAGUUGAUUAUAAUCAGGGAGAUCACUCUUCAGGGUGUCUUCUGUCACUCACCGCGGUUUCGAGCACAGUACGAAGAUGAGUUCUAUUCGGUCAUAACGCAGAUGGUGAAGGACGGCACUCUCAAGUACAGAGAGCACAUCUCAUACGGGCUCGAGACAGUGGGCCACGCCUUGCGUGACGUUGGUAUGGGUACGAACGUCGGGAAACGGGUCGUUGUCCUGGACAGUAGUACCCCAUAG